AUGCGCAUUGGGAAGUAUUGCGUCGUUUUUCUGCUAGUGUGGACGCAAGCAACCAAGAGAAGCGUGGGAAAACCCACAAAUAUUAUAAAUCAGGAAGAAUUUAAAGCAUUAUGUGCUUUCGUGAAUUUGGCGAAUGAAUCGGUAGACUACGCAGGUCUCGAAGCCGAAAUCAGGGACGCGGCAGCAGAUAUCGGGGCUAUUUUUCUUGCGUCGCAGCAAGAAAGCAUUUCGAAAUUGAGGGAGCAAAUUGAGAUCUGGCGCGAGGUUGAAGCAACCAAUAACGGAGGGAACAACCGAGGCAUUAAAAAGUGGAGUGUUUGGGAGGAAGCGAGAAGAAAGCUAAUAGAUGAAGGCGGAACAAAAUAUGUGCAAUGGGUUGAAUUGGGCUUGAGUGAUGCUGAGAAGCAGAAGAUAGAGGAAGCUAUGGAUGAGACAGUCAAAUGCAUGGCGGAGGAGAACGGCUUGUGGGACACUUUGCGGGAAAUGCCAGUAAAAGGAAGUAUAACAAAAGCAAUAUUCGGAUCCAGGGAAAGGCAAGUGCAGAUUAUGAAAGGACGCGGUAGCCGCGAAACCGCUUGUGGCAGGGGAUUAUUCCCUGGAGACUGGGCGGGCACGGCAUUGAGCGCUGACUUACUGUGCCUGUGCGCCGCUACGGAACGCAGGGCCGCCACCAACGAGGGUUGCUGCACAGGAUGCGAGACAGGGGGAAAUGGCGUUGCUUGGGAUCCAAGGGUGCAUAGUGAGGAGAGGUGGAAUUUGCUUAGAAGUAAAUGUGAAAAGGUCAGCAGCGGUACUCCCCUUUCAAGUCGAGCGCUGUCGGUUGCGGAGAGUACAUUUUUCAACCAACUGAAGAUCUCAAAAGGGUCAACAUCAGGAAGACCAACGCUACUGGGUAAAUUUGGAACUAGCUUUUCCGUGGGUUGUACCGGGGAAAUCACCGAGAAAGAGGGACGUUGCGUUCGGUAUAGCCACAGCCAUGUUGACAGAAAUAAUCCAGCGCUACCCUGGCUUACAAACUUAAGGGAGGCGGCAAAUGCAGUAGAUCAGUUGAAUGCAGUUGAUACAAAGCUCAAACAUCUACGCGUUGGUAUAGCCACCUUCCACACGAAGCAUGUUGAUUUUAAAUCGCGUGAAAAAGGAAACGGCGGCGACCCUAUUCUGGGAAGCGGUGGCGUAGAGGGUGAAGUUAACACCAAUGAGUCAACGAAGGCGAACACAAACGAUGGUAGAGCAAAAAAGGCUGGUGAAAGCAAAAGAACACCUGUCGACAACAUUUCACAUAAAUGCGAAGGUUAUAGGCAGGGAAAAACAUGCAAAAGUCGAAAAGUGGAAACGGAAUGUGACUGGGAGGAGGGUACAUGCGUUGGCUCUGCCAGUGAGCCAGUCACUUCGCCUCUGAGGCAAAGACCACCUACUUCAGGGAAGGUAAACUCCAUUAGAUGCUCACUGAGUUUGUUUUUAAUACUAUUAUAG